AUGUCGCCCUACCUUCGAGGUGACAUUUCCUCCAGCACCAGCGAGGCAUCAACCCCUCCCUCGGUAGCCCAAGUCAAAGAUGGUCCGGAAUAUGAGCCUAUUGCUAUCAUUGGAAUGGGAUGUCGGCUUCCAGGUGGCAUCAAAUCCCCCCAAGACCUCUGGAAACUCCUGACUGAACAGCGCUCUGGCCAAUGCGAUGUCCCGGCUUCACGAUGGAACAUUGAUGGCUUCUACCACCCCAAUAGCAAUCGACCUGGAAGCAUGAACACAAAAGGCGGAUACUUCAUCCAGGAAGAUAUUCGACAGUUUGACAAUGGCUUCUUCGGAAUCAACAAUCUCGAAGCAACUUUUAUGGAUCCCCAGCAGCGUAAGCUAUUGGAAGUCUGUUAUGAGUGCUUUGAAAGUGCAGGUGCUACCCUGGAGGACAUCUCCGCUGCCAAUAUUGGAUGCUACGUUGGCAACUUCACCAUCGAUUACAUUACCAUGCAGGCGAAAGAGGCUGACUACUUCCAUCGUUACAAUGCUACUGGCAUGGGAACAACAAUUCUCUCCAACCGAAUCAGUCACGUCUUCAACCUCACAGGGCCCAGUGUGGUACUUGAUACUGCUUGCUCAUCGUCACUGUACGCUGUGCAUAUGGCAUGUGCAGCCAUUGAUGCAGGCGAGUGCGAUUCAGCUAUUGCAGCUGGUGCAAACUUGGUCCAGGCACCAGAGCAACACCUCGGCACGAUGAAAGCUGGAGUGCUUUCUGGUACUUCUACAUGCCAUACGUUCGACGCCUCUGCAGAUGGAUAUGGUCGUGCUGAUGGUAUCGGGGCGGUCUAUCUCAAGAAGCUGAGCAAGGCUCUCGAAGACAACGACCCGAUCCGAGGUAUCAUCCGCGGUUCAGCGGUCAAUGCCAACGGAAAGACCAACGGAAUCACACUUCCCAGCUCUGACGGUCAGGAAGCUGUCAUUCGCAAGGCUUAUGCGAAGGCCGGUCUGGAGGACAAGUACAACGAGACAAACUAUGUCGAAUGCCACGGAACCGGAACUGCCGUUGGAGAUCCUAUCGAGCUCGAAGCCGUGUCACGGGUGUUCAAGAAGCGGCCAAUACAAGCGCCACUGCAAGUAGGCUCUGUCAAGACCAAUCUAGGACAUUCGGAGGCAGCCUCGGGUUUUUCUAGCAUUUUCAAAGUCGUCAUGGCACUUGAGAAGGGCCUCAUUCCACCCACCAUCGGAGUCCAGAACAUCAACCCAAAGAUCAAAACAGAAGAAUGGGGUGUGAAAAUUAUCACUGAAUCAACUAAGUGGCCGGUCGAGAGUCUGACUUUGGCCAAACCAACUCGCCGAGCUGGUGUCAAUUCCUUCGGAUAUGGUGGUGCAAACAGCCACGCCAUCUUAGAAUCUGUGGACAACUUUGUUCCUCGUCGAAAGGGCAUGUCUUCUGAAGCCUUGUCCAAAGUCAAAUCAACAUUCAUACUCCCAGUUUCCGCCAAUUCAUCUAGUUCUCUCGAGGCGCAGUUGAAGAACCUGUCUCUGCUCAAUCUUGAAGGAGUCAACAUUGUUGAUCUGGCUUAUACGCUGGGCGCUCGUCGGUCCAAGCUUUCCUCCAGGGCAUACGCGCUUGCAGGACAAGAGACUCUCGGAGAAAACCUUAGCCCGGACAAUUUUGUCUUUCCCACUGAGGGAGCAAGAUACGCCAAGCUCCCCUUUGCUUUUGUCUUUACAGGUCAAGGAGCCCAGUGGGCUCAAAUGGGCAAGGAGUUAAUUCAAGAAGUUCCUUCCUUCCGUAAGACUCUGGUGGAGCUGGACAACGCUCUACAAAAGCUCCCUCAUGCACCAUCUUGGACGCUGAGACAAGCUAUUUUGGACCCAAAGGAUACAUCACAGAUCAACCAUGUCACUCGCUCGCAGCCGGUAUGUACGGCUAUUCAGAUAGCCUAUAUCCAGCUUCUUCGGAAGUGGGGUAUCGAGUGUGAGGCUGUUAUCGGACAUUCGUCAGGUGAAAUUGCCGCUGCAUACGCUGCCGGUCUCCUCACAGCAACCGAUGCCAUCAUCGUGGCCUAUUACCGUGGCUACGUGGUCGGGAAUACCGAGUUGCCCGUCAAGGGAGGGAUGAUCGCCGCAGGUAUCGGUAAAGACCAAGCUGAGAUUGAGAUCGAUACUCUGGGUCUGUCAAAUGAGAUCAAAGUCGCAUGUAUCAACUCCCCAGAGAGCGUCACCAUCAGUGGAGAUGCCGAUGGGAUUGACAAGAUCGUGAGUCACUUGCAAGGACAAGGCCUUUUUGCCCGCAAGCUCAACACCAAUGACCGGGCUUACCACUCUCACCAUAUGGCUCUGCUCGGCCAAGAAUAUGAGGACAUUCUCAUCGAUAAUCUCCCACCUUCACGGUCAUGGCAACCAGAUAACAAGGUUCGAUGGGUGUCAUCUGUGACUGGGCAGAUGGUGACUGGAAAGAUACAACCUUCCUAUUGGAGAACCAAUCUCGAGUCGCCCGUCCGGUUCAGUGACGCUGUUGAAGGUCUGAUUAAAGGUGCCAAGUACCACCUGAUUGAGCUAGGUCCUCAUUCGGCUUUGGAAAUGCCCAUCAAGCAGACCAUGACCAAGCUGAACGUCAAAGCUGGGGAUUUCAACUACUCUUCCGCCCUGACUAGGAACAAGAAUGGUGUCGACUGCUUGCUUAAUCUGGUGGGAAAUCUCUUCCUCCAUGGCCAUGCAAUUGAUUUUGCUCAAGUCAAUUACGUUGAGGCUUCAACAACUUCGAUGGCACGCCAUAUUUCCAAGUACCCCGCGCAUCAACAGGGCAAGGUCAUUCCAGAUCUCCCAACUUACGCUUGGACUUAUGAUACCCUUCUGUGGAGUGAAUGCCGUGCGAGUACCGAGUAUCGUGAUCGCAAAUACCCACACCAUGACCUUCUUGGCUCACAGAAGCCAGGGGGGAAUGGAUUGCAGACAACAUGGAGAAACGUCCUCAAGACCGAACAUAAUCCUUGGCUCCUUGAUCACAAAUUGGAGGACACAGUUGUCUUUCCGGGAGCAGGCUACAUGGCCAUGGGGAUUGAGGCUAUUUGUCAAGUCACAGACACAAAGCCAUCGGAUCCCGUAUCAAUUGGUCUACGACAGUUCCAGAUUCUCAAAGCACUUCCACUUUCCGCGGACUCAAAUGACCCCGGCAUUGAGGUCUUCACCCAAAUCACUCCUUUGGCUAUAUCGGCUACAUCAAAUUCGAAAGAAUGGUGGGAAUUUGAAGUCACCAGCUACAAAGAUGGAAUCUCUACCACCCAUGCCACCGGCAAGCUCAGCAUCAAGGCGCCGGAGGACGUGAUCAAGCCGAGUCUUGUACCAAGUAACUGCGACCUGGAGGCCCUUGCCAUUCGGAACUGGUACGGUCAGUUUACCAAAGUGGGACUAAACUACGGGCCGAACUUUGCGGCUCUCGGGGAGAUUCAGACACCAAGAGACAAGGUCAGCCAACACGCCCGUGCAAAGACUCAGCUUUUGCAAGGUGGUGGAGAGGGUAAGGAGACUCAGUCGACAUAUUUGGUGCACCCGAUUACCAUCGACGUCAUGUUGCAAGCUGGUAUCAUUGCCAGCACAGGAGGCAUCAUCAAAAGUCUUCGAGCCAAUGUUCCGGUGUCGAUUGAAGAAGCAUUUUUCCAGGCUCCUUCUGCCCCGCCAUCAGAGCCUGUCUUGAUUGAUGCCGAGACAAAGAAGAUCGGCUUUUCAGCCUACAUGAUUAACACUUGCCUUUAUGAUAAUCAGGACCGACCUUGCGUGGUGUUGAAGAAUGUUCGCGUUACUGGGUACCAGGGAGCUGCCCAGAUGGAUGAUGAACAGGACCGUGAGCCAAUGCUUCGAUUGCUGUGGAAGCCCGAUGUGACGACUUUGUCAAGCAGCGGCUUGACUCAGUAUCUGUCCUCGUGUGCUAGCAGCUCGGAGGAUCAAUUCGCCGCUAUGGUGGAUAUCAUUUCGCACAAGAACCCCAGGGUGCAAAUACUGGAUGUCACCAACUCCGAUGAUCUCACGGAGAGAUUCCUGAAUACUCUUCGCAUAGAUAAUGCAUUCAAACGAUUCCGAUCAUACUCCAGGGGAAAUUUCUCACCGGAAGGUGAACUUUCCUUGGAGGCUGUGGACGGCAAGCAACUCGGAAAGGGUAAACUGUCAAAGUCGAACGCCCAAGUCAGAUAUGAUCUCAUUAUUGUGGGAGACGGGCUUACCGACAGUCAAUAUGGUCGUUUGACGGAACUUGUGGCAUCCGAUGGUAUUAUCUUGAAGAUGGCCACCUGUCCAUCUAAGGCCCUAGACGGAUUCACAUCCAUAUGCACUGACACGACCAGGGGACACACCUUGGAGGUAUCAAUGCCGCUGGCUGACGGCAAAGUCCAAAAGAGCUUCGAUGGCAUUUUGAUUGUAGAGGAAGAGGAGCAAGAUUCAUUCAACGAAGCUCUAGCCAAGCAUCUGUCGACUGAGCUUGGGCAAAAUGUCAAGCGAGUUCUCCUGCACGACUUGACGAAAAGCAUGAUCACGGCGAAGUCUCUUGUUAUUUCCACCAUCGAGUUAAGUCGACCAGUUCUCUCAACUCUUACAGGCGAAGAGAUGCAAUCUGUCAAGUGUAUCACGGACAACGCCCUUAGCCUCCUCUGGCUAACUGGGGGUAACAACAUGGAGGGAUCGCGUCCCGACUUUGCCUUGAUGUCGGGUCUUUCCAGAGCUCUCAUGCUGGAACAGCCAUCUCUGCAAAUCACGAUGCUGGAUCUUGACGUUGCCACCCCAACAUUGCAAACAUUGCAAAACAUCACUAUUGUCUUGCGCCAGUCCGCUGAGUCUACCAGCCCAGAUGCCGAAUAUGUGCAAAAGAAUGACCUUUUGCACAUUAGCCGAAUGGUCCCUGAGGAGGAUAUGAACCGCAGUUUCCGGGACAGACAGGGCCUUGUUCCAUCGCUCACUCCUUUGAGUGAGGCUAAGCCAGCUCGUUUGACGAUUGGAACUGUUGGUCAAUUUGACACACUUGCUUUCAGCCGAGAGUCACCGGACCUAUUGGAUCUGAAGCCUGGCACCGUUGAAAUCGAAGUGAAGUCAGUUGGACUGAACGCGAAGGACUUCUAUGCCCUGGCUGGUAAGGUCAACACAAAGGAUGGAAUGUGCAAAUUGGAAUGUAGCGGUAUUGUUACCCGGGUAGCUGGCAGUGGUAUCCACCGCCUGGCGGUUGGUGACCGCGUGGUUACAAUGGGACCAGGUCACUUUUUGACUCGCGAGACGUUCCCAGAAUGGGCCUGCCAAAAGUUGCAAGACGACGAGGACCUGCAUGUGGUGACUACUCUUCCAUUAGUCUUCUCAACGGCUCUCUAUGCUCUGCAUUAUCGAGCUCAUAUUCAGGACGGGGAGUCCGUGCUUAUCCACUCGGCAGCAGGUGGAUUGGGCAACGCCGCUAUUCAGAUCGCUCAGCUAGCAAACGCUGAGAUCUACGCGACAGUAAGCACGGAGGAGAAGAAGGAUUAUCUCGUGAAGACAUUCAAUUUGAAGCGAGAAAACAUCUUCAAUUCCCGUGACUCUUCGUUCCAGCCAGCCAUUUUGGCAGCUACUGGUGGCAGAGGUGUAGACAUCGUUCUAAACUCUCUCACUGGUGAUCUUCUCCAUGAUAGCUGGAGAGUCUGUGCUCCAUGGGGUCGGUUCGUCGAGGUCGGAAAGCAAGACAUCACCGACGCCGGUAAGCUGGACAUGGAGAUGUUCCGACGCAACGUCACAUUUACUGCAUUUGAUCUCAGUGAGCUAUCUGAUGAAAGUCAGCCAAGACUCAACAAAAUUGCCUCGGAACUGCUCGCGGAGACUUUGUCUCUUUACCGACAGAAGAAGAUCAAGGCCAUUGAGCCGUUGAAGGUCUUUGACGUCUCUGAGAUCACGCAGGCGUACCGCUACUUUGGUCUGGGUAGCCGGAUUGGCAAGAUUGCCAUUUCUCUCGAGAAUGAUGCUUCCCUCAUCCCAACUCUUCCUACGAAACACGACUCUAAAUUUAGCCCCGAGAAAACAUAUCUCAUGAUUGGUUGUCUUGGUGGGCUGGGCGGCAGUAUCUCGAAAUGGAUGGUCAAACGUGGCGCCCGGAAAUUUGUGUUUGUCGGCCGAAGUGGCACUGACAGGAAGCCGGCUAGACUGCUCGUUGAAAGCCUUGAGGCCUCUGGGGCAGAGGUGACGGUCGUUCGUGGUGAUGUGGGUGUCUACUCCGAUGUGCAGGCGGCUGUCGCUGCUAUCAAUGGACCAGUUGGAGGUGUCAUUCAAGCUGCAAUGGGACUUAACGAGGCACUUUGGACCACUAUGCCCAUCGAAUACUGGCACACCGGCAUUGACCCUAAGCUUAUUGGCUCGUGGAACCUGUACAAUGCGCUGGAGGGACGGACCGGUGAUCUCGAUUUCUUCUUGAUGACGAGUUCCGUGUCCGGCAGUGUGGGAACAGCCACAGAGGGCAAUUACUGCGCGGCCAAUUACUUCCUGGAUGUCUUUGCCCGCUUUUUGCGAAGCAAAGGCCUACCGGGUCUCUCGAUCGGCCUGGGUAUGAUUUCGGAGGUGGGGUAUCUUCACGAGAACCCAGAAAUUGAAGCCCUCCUCUUGAGAAAGGGUAUUCAAGCAAUUAACGAGGACGAGUUGCUGCAGAUCAUUGAUAUUUCGCUCUGCAACAAGAACAAGACCGUAUACGAUACCAUGGCAUCCAGCCACGUGCUGACUGGUUUAGAGCCUCUGGGCCUGAAGCUUCUUCAGAAGGCCGGGUUCAGCGGUUCCAAUCCCACUUUGAACGAUCCGCGUGCCAGUGUUCUUGCUGCUAUACUCGACAGUGACAGUGAUCAGGAUCUGAAGAGCGGGUCUGGCAUGCCGGCCGAGCUGGCCGAGGCCCUUGAGAAUGGCCAUGAAGGACAAUCUGCUCUCGAGGCUAUUGUGCAUCUUAUUGUCAAGCGAUUUUCCAACCUCGUUCUGCAACAGAUCGAUAAAAUCGAUCCUACCAGAGCCUUAUCUAAGUUUGGAAUGGAUAGUAUGCUUGCAGCUGAGUUCCGAACCUGGUUUUACCAGGCUUUUAAGGUUGAUGUUCCUUUCCUUACCUUGUUGUCGGACGCGACUACCCUCAACACGCUGGGCGACUUGGUUCAUGAGUCGAUUAUCGAGAGUCAGAACCAGAGCUAG